AUGGCGGAGAUCCCACAUAUUAAAAUAGAAAAGAUCAACAUCUCAACCGUCAAGGUCUUAUUACAGAAGCCAAACGUCUACGUCAACACAAUCUUCCCCAUACGAAACGUACCUAAUCGCUCUACAUCUCUACUAAGCGUCGCCGUAAUGAAAGAAGAUUACGAGCUGAUAAACUAUUUGGUAUCUAAAAACGCUGAUAUUAAUUUGCACACUCCCAAGUGUGAAGCACCUGUAAUUUUAGCCGUUAAAAUCGGAAACAUAAAAAUUAUUAGAAAAUUACUCGAGCUGCGAGCUGAUGUCAAUGUAUAUAAUCAGAAAGGUGAAAUGUCACUUCACAUUGCUGUGCAAAAAAAUCGACACGAUAUUGUGAAGUGCUUGGUAGCAAAUGGAGCUAAUAUAAAUGCUCCAAUUUUCGGAUCAUCAAUAUAUUCUAGUUUGCGUCCACUGCAUCUUGCUGUAGUCUCUAGAUCAGAGGAUAUGGUCAAAUUGCUCUUGGACGAAAACGCCGACAUCAAUGCCAAGACAUCAAUAGGAGAGACUGCUCUCGUGAAAGCUGGCUUGAACGAUGACAUUGCGAUGACCAAGUUCUUAAUUGCACGAGGAGCUCAUUGCAUUAGCGUUUGUCCGAACCAAACGAUAAUUCAUGAUCUGCUGUGUUAUUUAAAACAUACAUCAGUGUUGGAAUAUCUUUUAAGUUUGGACGAAUCUUUCACUGACAUCAGCAUCCGCACCAACUCAGGAGAAUCAUUUCUGAUGUUCAGCUUGGAAUAUGAUGAUGUUGAUGCUGUAAAUUCGACGGGUCAACUCGCCAUUGAUUUCGAAAAAAACCGUAAUGUUGGUAUUUCGGUCAUCGAGGAGCACAUUGUAAAGUUAAUAUCGGCUGGAUUUGACGUUUCCCCAAGAAAUCGACUAACUGUGGCAGAAGGGUUCGAAAGUUUUCACAUCAAUUGUUGUGAAGAGGUCAAAAAAAUGAAAAUGAGCAAAGUUGGUACUAGUCAAGUAUCAUUUUUCAAUGUCUUAUUGAUGAAUGUGCAUGAUUUGUCAGUUCGUUUGAAGUACGUAAGUUUGAAUGGAAUGGUUGACAAAGAAAAAAUACUUAGUGAGUAUUUAUACUACGGAGGAAUGCUUUUUUAUAAGUUAUCCAAGGUCAAUCGCAGGAUCAAAUAUUUGGGACAGAUAGAGAGAUCCGUCGAGAACAUGCUAUGCUCUGCACCGCUACUACUGCCUUAUAAUUUUGUAAGAGAUUUGUGGUCCUACUUCAGAAAUUACGAAUUGAAAAAAUUAUCUUCGUGA